GCCAAGAUCUGUUGCUUGGCAACAACACAUCAUGGAAUGUAUGUGAGAUUGAACAUAUCUGGCUAUUCACGACACCAGCGCGGGAUGAAAAGAAUGAUAGAGUGAGAGCGAAAGAGAGCGAAGCAGAAAGAUAGGAUCACUUUAAAGAGAACAUGAGAGAGACGUGUGUGUGUUAGCAGGAGGGCAGCAAAUUCAGCUCAGCAUCCUCCUACAAACCACCUGAUACCAGCCUGCGUUGCUACAGGCAACACAAAAGGGAGGGAACAUGGAAUGAGAUGCUGAAACAAGCCAUCCUUUUCGUCUUAUUUUCAUUGCCUGUGUUGACGUAAAUAUCUGUGAGGACAGGAGAGAGAGAGAGAGUGAAAGGAUGCUGAGUGGGCAGGAAUACAGGAGGCGAGCAUCCAAUCUCCUGCGGUGAAGUCAGCAUCCUUUCGUCCAAUCGAGUGUGACGCGUCUCCUGUAGUUUGAGGUAACAGCGCUGGUGUCUUAUUAAUGAAUGGAGCGUCUCAUAGGCAGCAAAACACUGCUCGAGCUCUCUCUCCCUCGACGGAGGAGGCAUCACAAGAAGACCAGCAAGAGCAUGUCUCACCUCGACGCAAAACUACAGCAGCAACCAUCCGCAAAUAUGCAGGCUCACCAGCACGAGGAAGAAAACUCGAGCGAUGCAGAACCCAGCGUGCAUCAGGAAUACCCUUUAACUCCUGGAUCGGAGGUGCGUACUUCUUUGUCUUCAUCUAACCUUCUUGUACCCUCGCCUUCUCAGCGUAGAUCCAUCUCCAUGGGCGACUUCCGAAGAGUCCCUGCCGGACAGGGCUUCGAGCCUCCAUCCUCAUCUGCCACGGCGCCCUCCUCCAAACUGGUGACCCCCAGCUCUAGUAUGGAGUUCGAAGCGGCUCGCCAGCGCCUCCUGGAGGUGGAGGAGAGGCAGCGUGUCAUCAGGGAGAUGGAGCGGCGAUUGGAGGAGCUGAGGGAGGUGUUUGUGCGCUCCGAGCAGGAGGCCGUCGAACACGGCGAGUUGGUGACCCGCAUCGCCGGCGCCUCCCAGCAAGGAGAACUGUACGUGGCGGAGAACGGGCAGAGGCUGAAGAAGGGGUUGAGGUUUAAAAGGCACAGGCCUACUAUCAUGUUCUCCUCAAUGCUCGGAUUGAGAACGUGCCUCCCGUGGCCUGUCAAACUCAAAUAGUGAAACCGCUGCUGCUCACUUAGUUCUUUACCGCUGUCACACGUCACAUCACGUCUUCUCAGGAGGAUGUCUGAGGCUAUUUGUCGUUAGUCAGGAAACGCUCUGAACUUUUUCUUUAUCAGUGUGUUUCUUAACCGGGAACUUGGUGCUUUAUUUAGGAUGUAAGGCAGCCCAUCAUGAUAUUGCAGGCCUUAUGUUUGCUGCUUGACCCUGAGACUUUGAGGAUUUACUGCAGUAUGUGUGAACUUUGUUGAUGUUUAGAGCUCCACACAUGUGUAACGCUCCACGUUUCUGGGUUUGUGGGAGAGUAUGAAGAGAGAGGAUUGUUUUGAUUGUGUGUGUGAGAACAUGUGAAUGAGAAGUGGGAAGGGUGCUCCUUAAAAUGUCUGUCAGGUUCAGUUUCUUAUGUUUGGUCCACAGAACGAAAACAAAACGGUUUUGCAUGAAUUUCCUGCUGCAGUAAGGUGUGCUGAAAUAGAGCAGUUGUGCUGUCAGGAUUAUUUAAAAUGUUUCAUUUCUAAAGCCCCAACGAACACAGAGAAUAUAGGAUUCUUGCACGUGAGGAUGAGGCUUGAGAAAAGUCAUUGCUCUCCAGCAUGUGUGGAUGGAGGAGAGGAGCAGCGAGCUGUCGCUCCCUUCGUAAACAUUCCAUCUGUGGCCUCUUUCGUGCCCCUGUUGCUUAGCAACCCAGACUGACUUUCAUGUCUUUCAGAAUGUAUUUUAACAGAUCAUCCAAAACUACAGCUCAUGAAUGACAGGUGGAGGACAUUUUCAGAUUAAUUUAAUGCAUUAUGUUCAGUGAAAAAAAACUAGUAGGAUUUACUUUUAUUAAAUCCUUCUAAUAGUGUUUGAGUAUGUGAAUGCUGUUUACUGAGAGGAGGUUUGAUGCUUGUUAUGAAGUUAAAAAUUGAAUUAAUUAUUCACCAACAAAAAUCUUUGAAUGCAAAAUGAGAAAAUAUCCACGUUGCUUUAUUCCCUAUAGUGCAGGUGAAUUGUGACCACGUGAGAAAGAGCACCCUGAAAGUAUCAUUAAUAUGACUUCAUGUGGCCGGGAAUAUUUUUUUCUUUCAUCGCAGAUCAGGAAUAUAGCAGUUGUAUUUGAUCACACAAUUUAGUUUGGGGGUGAACUUUCUCUUUAAAGGGAUACUUCACCCAAAAAUGAAAAUUCGGUCAUGAUUGACUCACCUUCGAGUUAACACAAAUCUGAAUAGAUUUCUUUGUUUUGAUGAACACAGAGAAAGAUAUUUGGAAGAAUGGUUAUAAUCAGACAGAUUUGCCCCUCAUUGACUCCCCAAGGCAGGAAAAAAUUCAAUGGUAGUCAAAAGUGCCCCAGAACUCUGUGCUGUCCUAGAUUGUUCAAAAUUUCUUCUUUUGUGUUCAACAGAACAAGAAGUAAUUUAUUAUGGGAGUCAAUGGGGGGCAAGAUCUGUUUGGUUAUAAGCAUUCUUCCAAACAUUCAAAAUAUUAAUCAAAACAAAUACAUGAAUACAGAUUUGAAACAACCUGCAGGUGAGUAAAUUAUGACAGAAUUUUCAUUUUUGGGUGAAGUACCCGUUUAUGCAAAGUAACAUUUUAUCACUGGUUAAACGAUAAAAUCAUAUUCUGGAUUUUUCGUUGAAAGCUGUGGGAGCCGUGUCCUUACUUCCAUACAUUUCUUUCCCUCUCUGAGCAAAUUGCUCUCCAGCGCAGCCUCAUUCGAGCGACAGAGCGUUUGGGGACUUCAGUUAGGCACAGGGGAUUUCUAUUCUUGGCCUGUAAAGGCUGUAAGAUUCUGGACUACAGUAUAUAGUCAGAAAUGGAGUGAUGCUGCAGCGUACGUUACACAUCUUUAGUGAGUAGUUUGCUAUGUUACGCUUACCAAAGGCACACAGAUUUAUGCUGUACUGCUGUGUAAGCUAGCUGUACAUCUACUGUGAGAAUGUGGCCUGGCAUCUUGCCUCAUUGCAUAACAAAGCAACCCUGCGUUUUAGAAAAACAUUUUCUAAUGAAUUUGCUAUUUAAAAUCCCAUAUUUUUUACAGCUGUGUCGCAUUUGCUAUACUUAAUAAUAGCAUAAUAGUUAAAACUGUGCUCAAUAUUCAGAUUCAGAUUGUUCUAGUAAAAUCUGAAUGUCUUGUAGGACUGAAAGCACCUAUUUACUAUAAUGUAACGUUUAACUAGUGGAAUUGAUCGGAAGGAUAUGAUGACAUAAAUAUUGAAUGUCUUAUUAAAAUAGAUUAUUUAACAAGGGUCUGUUUGCAAUUUAUUUCUAUCUUUAUUCGCUACUACCUGCAUGGUGCUUUGUUUUCUCUGCGUGACACCCAUUGCGUGUGUGGCUUUACGUCAUCUGUGGGGGCAGGAUGCCCUUAGAUCACCGUCCUUCAUUCUUUUACGUCAGCACAUAGAGCAACAACAGAGCGGCUGAUUCUUAUUUCAAGGGCUACUUACACUUUAUUGAAAGAGUAUCCUGAUGUUUUAAUGGGUGUUUUUAUUUUGCAGGGAUUUAUAUAGGCAGCUGUAAACUAGGACACACGAUUGGCUUCUUUAAAGCGAGGAGAAAUGUGAACCUUCAGUGUUCUUGAGCUAAAUUAGACCAAACUAUGUGUUGUAAAUAUACUGUACCAUCAAAAACACUUCAAAUAACAUCAAGAUAUUACCAGGGUUAUCAGAGUUUCUGCCGUAAUAGCUACAAUUAUUUAAAAACUAUAUAAAAAUAAUAUGUAAUUUCAUUUAAACUGUGUAGGAGGCUUUCUAAAUUUUUUUAUUUUAUUUUGGAUGACAGUGGUUCUAUGAAUAAUAUGUUUUAUUGUAACGCCAGUGGUAUUGUCACCAUGGUAACGACAUUGUAAGGGUGUUUAUGUGUAGAAGUCCAUCAAUUUUGCAAGACAAACUGAAAUUUGUUUCUCAUUGGCAUUUGUAUGCUUUAUCUAUAUGAUAUGUCUCUGUGUGAGUUGACUCAUCAAUAUUCAUGCCUUAUCUUGUUCUCUGUACAAACUGUGUGUAUAGUCAUUGUGUGUGGUUAAACCAUACAGUUCACCUCAGCUUAUUCAUGCGCUGAUUUUUGCACUGCACCUUUUAUGAGUUUUGCUAUGAGAAAUGUAAACAAAAGCGUUCCCAAAGAACUCUCUGGUCCCACUCACAGACUGAAUGUAACGUCAUGUUUAUAUAGCAACACUUAAAAGAAAGGAGGCAUUUGUUAACAUUAGUCAACAUGAACUACCAGAGAACAACCCUUGUACAGCUUUUUUAUAUUAUAUAAAAUGUUAAUUUUAACAUUUAAUAAACAUUUCGCAUCAAAAGUUGGAGCCUAUUUGUUAACAUUAGUUAAAGCUCAAUGAUAAUAAAUGUUGUAAAAUAUCUUGCUCAUUGUUAGUUCGAGUUGUUCAAAGGAUUUUAAAUAAAUGUUAAUAAAUUUGAAAAUUGUUAAUGCUUCUAUUAAGAAGGAUGACAUUAUUCUAUAGGGUUUCAUCUUGAUUCUGUAAAUCCUUAAGUUUAAAUUAGAUGUGAAUUUCCAACAACAUAUUCAUUUAAUUGUUCACUCAGUUGUUAAAUAACUUUUAAGCAUUUAUUAUAACACUUAAGCAUUUUUAUUUUAGCAUCUUUUUAGUGAUGCUUUUCUGGGGGACAAAGUUAUUUUAAGCUUAUAUGUAUUCUAUUAAGCCUUUUCAUUCUUUUAAACACUUCUGAACAAUACAAGAAUGUAUCACAUGUUUAAUUUAUGUAUUUAAUUUGCUUUGCAAACUUAUUA